GGCGGGGGGGGGGGGGGGCGGAGCUGUAGUCCCGGCGGCGGAAGGAGGAGAGGAAGAAAGGGGCGAGACCGGGUGCCGGGCAGCGGCGCGAGGCUCUCGCUCGGCGUGCGGACAUCUCCAGCUAGGCGCGCGGCGUUCGAGGGUCGGUGUAGGCGCCGAGCCCUCUCCCGGGCAGCCGGCGCUGGUGCUGCUACUGCCGCCGCCGCCGCUGCUGCUGUCGUGGGGCUCGGGCGGCGACAGAGCGGGGCCGGCCGUGGGGCGGGCGGGGAGGGAGGAGGCGGUGAAGGCGGCGGGCCGGGGGGGAAGAUGCCGCUGGCGCAGCUGGCGGACCCGUGGCAGAAGAUGGCUGUGGAGAGCCCGUCCGACAGCGCUGAGGUUUUUUUCUUUCCCCCAAGUGAAGAUCUGAGGAGAGGACAGAAUGGACAGCAAAUUAUGGAUGAACCUAUGGGAGAGGAGGAGAUUAAUCCACAAACUGAAGAAGGCAGUAUCAAAGAAAUUGCAAUCACACAUCAUGUAAAAGAAGGACAUGAAAAGGCAGAUCCUUCCCAAUUUGAACUUUUAAAAGUAUUAGGGCAGGGAUCAUUUGGAAAGGUUUUUUUAGUCAAAAAAAUCUCAGGCUCUGAUGCUAGACAGCUUUAUGCCAUGAAAGUAUUGAAGAAGGCCACAUUGAAAGUUCGAGAUCGUGUUCGGACAAAAAUGGAACGUGAUAUCUUGGUAGAAGUUAAUCAUCCUUUUAUUGUCAAGUUACAUUAUGCUUUUCAAACUGAAGGGAAGUUGUAUCUUAUUUUGGAUUUUCUCAGGGGAGGAGAUUUGUUUACACGCUUAUCCAAAGAGGUGAUGUUCACAGAAGAAGAUGUCAAAUUCUACUUGGCCGAACUUGCACUUGCUUUAGACCAUCUACAUAGCCUGGGAAUAAUCUAUAGAGACUUAAAACCAGAAAACAUACUUCUUGAUGAAGAAGGUCACAUCAAGUUAACAGAUUUUGGCCUAAGUAAAGAGUCUAUUGACCAUGAAAAGAAGGCCUAUUCUUUCUGUGGAACUGUGGAAUACAUGGCUCCCGAAGUAGUUAAUCGUCGAGGUCACACUCAAAGUGCGGACUGGUGGUCUUUUGGUGUGUUAAUGUUUGAAAUGCUCACUGGUACACUACCUUUCCAAGGAAAAGAUCGAAAAGAAACAAUGACUAUGAUUCUUAAAGCCAAGCUUGGGAUGCCACAGUUUUUGAGUCCUGAAGCCCAGAGUCUUUUACGAAUGCUUUUCAAACGAAAUCCUGCGAACAGAUUGGGUGCAGGACCAGAUGGAGUUGAGGAAAUUAAAAGACAUUCAUUUUUCUCAACAAUAGACUGGAAUAAACUGUACAGAAGAGAAAUUCAUCCACCUUUUAAACCUGCAACUGGCAGGCCUGAAGAUACAUUCUAUUUUGAUCCUGAGUUUACUGCAAAAACUCCCAAAGAUUCACCUGGCAUUCCACCCAGUGCAAAUGCACAUCAGCUUUUUCGGGGAUUUAGUUUUGUUGCUAUCACCUCAGAUGAUGAAAGCCAAGCUAUGCAGACAGUUGGUGUGCAUUCAAUUGUGCAGCAGUUGCACAGAAACAGUAUUCAGUUUACCGAUGGAUAUGAAGUAAAGGAAGAUAUUGGAGUUGGCUCCUACUCUGUUUGCAAGAGAUGCAUACAUAAAGCUACAAACAUGGAAUUUGCAGUGAAGAUUAUUGAUAAAAGCAAGAGAGACCCAACAGAAGAAAUUGAAAUUCUUCUUCGUUAUGGACAGCAUCCAAACAUCAUUACUCUAAAGGAUGUAUAUGAUGAUGGAAAAUAUGUGUAUGUAGUGACAGAACUUAUGAAAGGGGGUGAAUUGCUGGAUAAAAUUCUUAGACAGAAAUUUUUCUCUGAAAGAGAGGCCAGUGCUGUCCUGUUUACUAUAACCAAAACUGUUGAAUAUCUUCACGCACAAGGGGUGGUUCACAGAGACUUGAAACCUAGCAACAUUCUUUAUGUGGAUGAAUCUGGCAAUCCAGAAUCUAUUCGAAUUUGUGAUUUUGGCUUUGCCAAACAGCUAAGAGCAGAAAACGGUCUUCUCAUGACUCCUUGUUAUACUGCAAAUUUUGUUGCACCAGAGGUUUUAAAACGACAAGGCUACGAUGCUGCUUGUGAUAUAUGGAGUCUUGGUGUCCUCCUCUAUACAAUGCUUACUGGUUACACUCCAUUUGCAAAUGGCCCUGAUGAUACACCAGAGGAGAUAUUAGCACGGAUAGGCAGCGGAAAAUUCUCACUCAGUGGUGGUUACUGGAAUUCUGUUUCAGACACAGCAAAGGACCUGGUGUCAAAGAUGCUUCAUGUGGAUCCUCAUCAGAGACUGACUGCUGCCCUUGUGCUCAGACAUCCUUGGAUCGUCCACUGGGACCAACUGCCACAGUACCAACUAAACAGACAGGAUGCACCCCAUCUAGUCAAGGGUGCUAUGGCAGCUACAUAUUCUGCUUUAAACCGUAAUCAGUCGCCAGUUUUGGAACCAGUAGGCCGCUCUACUCUUGCUCAGCGGAGAGGUAUUAAAAAAAUCACCUCCACAGCUCUGUGAAGUGACCUCAGUGAGAUAUUUGGUACCAUGGUGUAAGCUGAUAGCACAAGUUCUGGCGACAGGUAGCACAUAUCUGAGAGACACCUGCAAGCACACACUGUCCCAGCUGGUACCCACAAUGCUGCUGCUCCUCCUGCUGCUCCUGCUUCCGUCUCUUCUCGCUUUAAAUGAUUGUUAGCAAGUUAGAUUUUCCUGGAGCUUCGGAUGAAAUGAAAAUGGAAACAUGAUGAAGACAUAUUCACUGAAUCAACAAGAGUAAUGAACAUACGAAUACCACCUAAAAAUACACUGAAUAAAGUACUCUACACCAUAUAGCAUUAUUUUUAUAGGAAAUAUUUCAUGUCCCUGAAAUAUUCUUUGUUAGUUAUAGGGAUGGACAGUUUAUGUUAAGCACUUAGCUUAAACAAUCCGUUUCUAUUAGCACUGUAUCCCUUGUGCCAUCCAACAUUUUGUAUGUUUUUGUAAACAGUUCAUAUACAGUACAUUUCUGUACUGCUUUCUUUAAUGUAUACAUGCUUUGUUUAACUUGGAAUCUAUUAUUAUUAAUCAAUUGACUAUUAAAUCUGGUUAAAUAGUUCACCUGGAUUAACAGUAUUGUUGGACAGCCCUAAAAAUGGCCAGAUUGUGGAACAGCUGUUGAAUGUAAUACUUCCAAAAUGUACAUAUAUUUCCCCAUGUCUGUUUCACUGGUUCGUUCAUUUGUUUGUUUCUUAAAGUCAGGUGCUUUGUCAGACUAACCUAGAGAGCUGUUAUGGUAGAGAAAGUUAUCACGUGUGUGUGGCAUGACAUCAAGAGUACACCUAUGAAGUUAGUCCAUAUACGUUGCAACUCCUUAGGGUUCUUUUUUCCUUAAUUAAGGAGGUAGUUCUUGCACUUUUGAUCUUGAAUAGUAUCCAUAUUUAGUAUUUGGCAUAUAAUUUGGGAUUUUGCCAAUAUACAUCAAAGGCCUUUAAGAGUUCUGGUGAAGAGAUUGGUGAAGGAAAAUUUAACAACAGGUCAUUCAAGUCCCAUUAGUUCUUUCAUGUUUAAAUAGAUCAAAUUGCAGAAUUUAGCAUAUGAAUAACAGGAUACCUGUUCUUGUAUACCUGCAAGAAAAGUAUGCUUUUUGGAAAAAAGGUAAAUCAUAAUGAGUUCUAUCCCAUUACGAUGCUCUAUAGUAAACACUAAUUUGAAUGUAAUAAAGGCCACCAGCCUCUCUAUGAAAUUGGAUUUAAACUUUCUUAUUCGAGGGAAUAAAACAUUCUUGAUCAAACAGUAUUUGUUCUCACCUGAAAUUAUAGCUCAAGUAGGCUAAGUGAAUGUUCACCAUUGAGUGUUUUCUGAAUUCCUUCUGAUGACUUAUAGCCAUAUAAUGCUUCCUUUAAUUUCAGAAAUGAUCAGCUUUCAUUUACUGGGUCUGCUUAGAUUACAGUAUUCAUUGUCUACAUCUAAUUUGGGUAGUUUCCACAAUUCUGUUUGAUUAAAGAAACUUUUGUAUCCAUUAUUACCUGUAUUUUGGUUAAGCUACCUAGCGUACAUCAAUAUAUAACAUGAAAAACAUGAACUAGGAAAAGUGAUUAAACUUAACCUCAUCAAGAAUGUGCCCAACAGAUCUCUUAGCCAUGUACUGAGCCAUUUACAUCAGAAGUCUUUUUACCUGCCCAAAGCUUUAAAUCUUUCUUUGAGAGUACAAAGCCAAGAAAGUGUAGUUUAGUUAAAUGGCUUAGAAGCCACUUACUAUUACUUUAAGUUCUCCCCCACACAGCUAAAGAGAAAGGGGAAAUCUGUAACAUUCAUUUUGCUUAAAUGACACAAAAUGAUUAUUGCAUAGAAAUCAAAUGUAAGUUUAUCUUCUAAAUUUAAAAAAAUGUACAAUAAGAGGGAUUCAGAAGAUCUAGAUGGAGAAAGUUUUUUUUUUAAUUCUUGAGUAUAUAAAUGCUGACUAUCAAAAACUGCUUCCCAUUGCCCAGAAAGAAAUUUUUUUUCUUUCUUUCUCUCUCUCUCUAUUCAGUGUUUCAAACCACACCCAUCCCAAAUCUUGUCGCUUUUAAAAUGUUAGUGUAACUCUAGGCAAAAAAAAAAAAAAAAA